AUGAGUAACGCAGCGACAGCCGGCCCGUCUCUCAAGGCAUUGCAAUCGCCUUCGCGGCCUCUGGACCAAGUCAAAUCACAUCAGCGCCAUGCGCGCAAAACUUCAAAGAUGUCCGGCAAUAUCCCGCUAGACGACAUCGACCAACUCGAUGUCACAGGCUUGCUAGGAUAUCAUCACGAAGGCCCAUUUGACGCGACAUUGGCAGCGCGCCAAGUACCUGGUUAUGCGCCCUUGGAUGCCGUUCAGUAUGGCAACAAUCUGGCCAUGCGCGCUACUGGUCAAUCCAAGAUGGAUGAAGUCAUGCGAGGCCAUAUUCCACUAGACGGCGUAGCCUCCGUGGCACCAGGAGAGAGGGAUAGCACUGGUGAGCUGCUCGACUACGAAGAUGAGAAUGUUGAGCGCGGCGAGGGUAUGGACAAUCAAGGCUCUGGAGCACGACCAGCUAGUGGUGUUGCAGAUGAUGAUGUCUCGGAGCUUGGCAAAUGGAUUGACGGUGAUAUUAGUGGUUCAUCUACACGGCCUACAACGGGCAGUUCUAUUGCCAUGAAGUCAAAGCACAAGAAGCAAGUCUCCAUCGCUGGGGAGCAUGGUAUUGUCGAGUACGACCCUGAGCUAGACGAGGAUGAGGCACCUACGGCCUCGAGCAGUGGGACGACCGGCUUGUUUGGCAGUCUCAAGAAGCGUCUUUCCAUCAAGCGUUAG